AUUAAGGCCAAUCAUCUACAUUUUCUCCAAUAUCUUCGAACCUACCACUACUGUUCAUCAUCAAUUUUAGGGUUCUACAGAUAAACCUUUAAUUUAAGGUAAAAAUAUCCAAAUUCCUUAACUCAUACAGUCAUUUAAACAUAUGAAUUAUUGAUAAAAGACGAAUUUUUGAGGACUUUUCAUUACGCGAAGAGGUGAUAUAUUGUUUCAACCAAGUCUUCUUCAUUAGAUAAGGUUGAACUUUGGAGGAAGGAAAAAUAAAAUACAAUAUGCGAUCGGAAUUAGAGAAAAAUCUCAAUUUAUAAGUUGAGGAGAAGAAACAAUCAUUUGUUGAGAGAGAAAAGGAAAGGAAAAAUUUAACAAAAUUUCCUUCCUUAGUUUUUUUACGGGUUUCUUAAAAAUUCUCCUCGAUUUUUACUAUUUGUUUCUGAAGAUUGUUGGUUAAAUUUUGUGUCUUUCUGUACAAGGAUCUAAUUCUUUUCUGGGUUUUGAUUGAAUUUUGUUAAUUAUUUCAUUUUAGUUCAAUUUGUUUGGUUUUAUUGGAUUUUGGGGGUUUGGGAUUAAAUUUGAUAAUUUGUUCAGAAGGUUUUGAUAUUUGUAUUUGUGGCUAGAAAAGAUUAGAUCUUGUUGUGUGGGUUUGAUUUUGGUUUUGAUUUUAAGUUGAACUUGAAAAAGGAAGGAUGACAAUAAUACCAAAAGAGAGGAAGCAAAGAAAGAACAAACAAGUUGCUGAUGAGAAAGCACCUUUGUUACCUAGUAAGCAUCAAGAGGAAGAAUUUGAUGAAUUCAAUGGAGGUUCAUACACUGGGGCAGUGUUUAAUUUAUCGACAACUAUUGUUGGUGCUGGUAUUAUGGCUUUGCCUGCUACUAUGAAGGUUCUUGGACUUGUCCCUGGGAUACUAAUGAUAGUAUUCAUGGCGUUUUUGACCGAGUGCUCGAUUGAGAUGUUAUUGAGGUUUAGUAAAGCAGGGAAAACAGUUUCUUAUGGAGAGCUUAUGGGAGAUACUUUUGGAAAGUAUGGGAGGAUUGCAUUGCAGGCUUGUGUUGUCGUUAACAAUGUUGGAGUGCUUAUCGUGUACAUGAUUAUCAUCGGUGAUGUAAUUUCUGGAACAUCUGCAAGUGGAACACAUCAUUCUGGUAUCUUAGAAGGAUGGUUUGGUGUGCAUUGGUGGAACGGGCGGUUCUUUGUGUUGCUUUUCACCACACUUGGUGUAUUUGCCCCAUUAGCAUGCCUCAAGCGUGUGGAUUCGUUGAGAUACACUUCUGCCUUAUCAGUUGCUCUGGCGGUUGUCUUUGUUAUCAUUACUGCGGGAAUAACGAUUGUCAAAUUGAUAAAUGGAAGUAUAGCGAUGCCCAGAUUGAUUCCUGAAGUACCUAAUCUGACCUCGGUUUGGAACCUCUUCACAGUUGUACCUGUUCUCGUCACAGCUUACAUUUGUCAUUAUAAUGUGCACCCAAUAUACAAUGAACUGGAAGUCCCUUCUCAGAUACAAUCAAUUGUGAGGAGCUCACUAGCACUUUGCUCAACCGUGUACGUGACAACAAGUUUCUUUGGGUUUCUCCUGUUCGGCGACUCAACUCUAGAUGAUGUCCUUGCGAACUUCGACACCAACCUUGGUAUCCCAUACAGCUCACUGCUCAACGAUGCUGUUCGUGUUAGCUACGCCCUGCACCUGAUGCUUGUCUUCCCGAUCAUCUUCUUUGCUCUAAGGCUCAACAUGGAUGGUCUGUUGUUCCCGACAGCCGGUCCUUUGUCUUUAGACAAUAAGAGAUUUGCCAUGAUCAGCACUGGGCUCAUCGCUAUUGUUUUUGUGGGUGCAAACUUUAUACCUAGCAUCUGGGAUGCUUUUCAGUUCACUGGAGCUACAGCUGCAGUUUGCAUUGGGUUCAUCUUUCCUGCUGCCAUUACUCUCAAGGAUCCUCAUCGGGUAGCAACACGCAAGGAUAAAAUCAUAUCUAUUUUUAUGAUUGUGCUUGCUGUUUUCUCAAACUUGGUGGCCAUAUAUAGUGAUGCUUAUGCUCUUAUCAAGAAGAACUCAUCGUCUCCAGUUUCAAAGUGAAGACCAGUUUAUGUAUGAAUACAGUGAGAAAGUUGGUGCUUUCUAGGGUGUGAGAUUAAUUAGUAGCAGUAUUCAAUCUGUGAGUUGAGUUGCUCUGCCAUUAAGCAUAAACGAAUUCCUGGCGGAAAAAGAACAAAAACCAUAAACUAGGUAUAUCUGUUUAGCUUCUUUUGCUAUAUAUGAAUAUAUUCAAAGUGAAGACCAGUUUAUGUAUGAAUACAGUGAGAAAGUUGGUGCUUUCUAGGGUGUGAGAUUAAUUAGUAGCAGUAUUCAAUCUGUGAGUUGAGUUGCUCUGCCAUUAAGCAUAAACGAAUUCCUGGCGGAAAAAGAACAAAAAUCAUAAACUAGGUAUAUCUGUUUAGCUUCUUUUGCUAUAUCCCAUUCUUGUGUGGGACGAUAGAUUGUGUAGUACUGUGAAAGUAGAUACAGAUUGCAAUGUUGUAUGGAUUCGAGUGAUAUUAUAGUUUGAAUUAAAGAAAAAGAAGUCUAUUAUAUUUGAGCG